UUAUAUGGUCACAAUGGAGUGAGUGGUCAAAUUGUAGUGACUCUGGUCUAAUGCAACGAUCUCGCAUUUGUUCAACUUAUUUUUGGCUAAAUUGUUACGCAAAUAGUACACAAAUAGAUGUUAAAUCAUGCAGUAAUCAAGCAUUUUGGUCUCAAUGGAGUGAAUGGUCUUGUUGCAAUGCAUCAGGUGUUACAACUAGAUCUCGAAAUUGCAUUAAUAUUCAGUUUUUUGUUUGUGUGGGAGACAAUACUGAAAUAAAAACCUGUAUUUCAUUUAUAGGUGUUGAAAUAAAUACUGAGAAGAAUCAACUACAGUAUAAACCAUACAACACAACUAUAAGCAUAUUCUAUUGCAACAAUGUAUUAUUGAUACUUAGUUUUGGUGAUGGGACAGUUAAAAAUAUAAAAAACAUCAAUGCUUCUACUGCAAAAGUUAUUCUAUGUGUCAACAGUUCACUAUCACAGCUGAUAUUUUGGAAAAUACUGGAAAUAACACCUCUGCCUUAUUCACUAGUUCUACAAAUGUAACCGUUUUUUGUUUCCUCUCCCCUUUAAAAGUCAUCAAAAC